AUGGCUGAUGCGUUUAGUAGCAGCUCGGAAACCGUAAUACAGCGUCAAGUUGACGUCCAAAAUGCUAGGAGCACACCUCUGGAAAAGCUUGACGAGUUCUAUCAAAUACAGAAAACCUGCGAUUUUGUCCGUCAGAAUGACUUCAGGAAGGUUGCGCUGCAGUUUCCUGAUGAACUCCUGCAUGACUCCACCGCAAUUGCUGCCGAGAUAGAAAGAAUUACUCAGGCGAAGUUGUUCAUUCUAGGGGACACAUCCUAUGGCAGUUGCUGCGUGGAUGAGGUGGCAGCAGAGCACGUUGGCGCCGACUGCCUGGUGCACUACGGCCGCGCCUGCCUGAGCCCGUCCAAACGGCUGCCCCUCAUGUACGUCUUUGAGAAAGCGAGCAUCGACUUGGACAAGUGCAAUUCGGCCUUCCGAGAAUUGUAUACUGACACUGAGGCCCAUAUACUCAUACUCUACGAUGUUAGAUACACACAUUCUAUUGAUAAUCUUGUAUCACUGCUAUGUGAGGACUAUCCAAAUGUUGUUUCUUCACAACUUGUUGUGGAAGGCGAGCAAUGUUACAGCCACGGCCAGAGUAAAAAAGAGCCUGACUCUGCUGUAGACAAGCCCUGUAUUCACUUCGGAAGGCAGUUGUCCCUAAAGAGUGGACUGAGCAUCGAGGAUUAUAAUAUGUUCUUCGUGGGCCAAGAUGGAGCAACUUUGCGCAACUUCAUGAUGACGUGGAACCGCUGUUCCUUCUCCUCUUUUGACCCCGAGACAUCUACCGGGAGGGCAGAGUCGGCCGGUAUCAACCGCGCACUGAUGAAGAGAUUCUACGCUAUCGAGAGGGCGAAGGAUGCCAAUGUAGUGGGCAUUUUGGUGGGCACUCUUGGCGUGGCCAACUACCUGACUAUAAUCCAGCAGUUGAAAGACGCUAUCCGCAGUGCUGGCAAGAAGAGUUACGUGUUUGCAAUGGGGAAGCUUAACGUGCCCAAGCUUGCCAACUUUCUGGAGAUAGAUAUUUUUGUUUUGAUUUCCUGUCCUGAGAACGCACUACUGGACUCCAGUGAGUUUUACCGACCUGUGGUAACACCAUUCGAGAUGGAAGUAGCCUGCAAUAGGAACAGGGAGUGGUCCGCGCAAUACGUCACUGACUUUCGACAUCUUUUGCCAGGUGGACCAAAUUACGUGCCUCUGCCAAAAGAGCUAGAAGAAUGUGACGAAACAGACGUGUCCUUAAUCACCGGUGCUAUGAGGAGCUACAAGCUUGACUGCGAUCUUGCAGAGUCCUCAAACAGCUCUUCACUUGUCUUAAGAAACCACACACUGACCGUGGCCAACUCCAACUCUGCCGCAUCAUUUCUGGCAACUCGGAGCUGGCGUGGCUUGGAGCAAAAGUUGGGGGAGACGCCUGUGGGGAAAGCUGUGGAAGGCAGGAGAGGUAUCGCUAUUGCCUAUGAAGAAGAAGGAGGAUAG